GAAAUCCUCGACAGGUAUAUAAUGUCUGGCGAGGACUCCACAUUGCAUAAUUCUUCUUCGGAGCUUCGAGAAACUAUUCCUUCAAUCAUGAACUUCCUUCGCUCAGUUGCGGUGGUAGCCACUGUUAUGGCUCUGAUCUACACCACCUCCGCCCUCCCUAACCCAGGUGGCGUAUCAUAUGGCCGUGGAUUCGGUGGUGGAUUUGGUGGAGGAAUUGGCCAUGGAUUAGGAGGUGGAUUUGGUGGAGGAAUUGGCCAUGGAUUAGGAGGUGGAUUUGGUGGAGGAAUUGGCCAUGGAUUAGGAGGUGGAUUUGGUGGAGGAAUUGGCCAUGGAUUAGGAGGUGGAUUUGGUGGAGGAAUUGGCCAUGGAUUAGGAGGUGGAUUCGGUGGAGUCUCUGUUGUCCGACCCGUGAUAAGCAGAGUCGUUACCGUCAGCAGAGGAAUCGGACACGGAGGAUUCGGAGGAAUUGGAGGAUUCGGAGGCAGACGGUAUGGCGGCUAUGGGUGGUAAAAUUGAUUAGGUAGAUUACGAUGAAUAAAAUGUCAUAAAUUA